AUGGAUUAUGUAAUUACGAUAUCAUCUUGUUUCUUUCUUCAAAAUAUGUAUGCCAGAUUCCAGACAUUAAACGAUCUGUGGAAAUGUCUACCUUCCGACUUAGUCCCCAUCUCCGACCAAUGGACACACAUCGAAAUUGUGGUUUUUAUGGAAAACACACGACUGCUACACGCUGAACUCUGCGAAUUGUUAAAAAUGUUUACUCUAGGUUACGGUAGAAUGCUUUUGGGUUUAUUCGUAUUCAGCUUUAUCAAUUUGAUUUCCAGUAUUUAUAUAAUUAUCAACCAUAGAGCAUUAUACCUAUACGACUCUUAUUCAACCAACAAAUCUUAUUCACGAAUAUUACCAUUGAUGGUCGAUGUACAAAUCAUCACGUUUCUGAUGUCUAUUAUCGUUUUCGUUUCAUUUAUAAACGAGAAGAGAUUGAAAAUGAUAUCAUAUCUAAGAUUAUAUAGAAUUUCAAAUUUACACUUUGACAUAAAACGACAGAUCAAAAUGUUUAUGAAUCAAAUAUCAGUUUGUGAUUCAGACCGAAUUUCGGCAUUUGGGUUUUUUGAAAUCAAUUUAAAUCUCGUUACAUCUAUACUGGUAUUAUUGAUUAGUGGAGUAAUCACAUUAAUACAGAUGAAAGAUCAUCCAAUGAUAUUGAAAUUAAAUAAUGAUACUUAUUCUUUUUUUGCAAAUUAUACGAAUUUAAAAUUUAAUUAA